AUGGCGAAUCCGUCAUCAGGCGUUGUUGUGCCGAGAAAUUUCCGUCUUCUAGAAGAACUUGAGCAAGGUCAGAAGGGAGUGGGCGAUGGCACAAUAUCUUGGGGUCUGGAGAGCGAUGACGAUAUGACCUUGACUCAUUGGACUGGCAUGAUAAUUGGGCCACCCAGGACCCCCUAUGAGAACAGAAUGUAUUCCUUAAAGGUUGAAUGUGGAACUAGAUAUCCUGAUGAGCCACCUACGGCUCGUUUUAUUUCUAGGAUCAACAUGAAUUGUGUCAACAGUCAGACUGGACUUGUGGAUAAUAGGCAAGUUCCAAUCCUUGCAAGAUGGCAGCGUGAUUAUACUAUCAAGACAGUGCUCCAAGAACUGAGACGUCUCAUGACUCUUAAGGAAAACAUGAAGCUUUCACAGCCACCAGAGGGCAGCACUUUUUAA